AUGCAACUGUUCUGGCAUUCGAACAAGGUCAGUGUUAGCAGAAUAAAACAAUCAGAGCGAGAAAAGAAAACUAGAAAGAACAGAAACAAAGUUGUCUGAGUAAAAGGUGGUCAGCAAUUCGAAAAACAAAGAGAUGAAAUGAACGGGAAAAGUGUGCGUGGAGAUUGCAAUUGUGCGCGCCGCACAUUGCAAAAGGGGCGGAGUCAGAAAACCGCCCGUCGAGUUGAAACUUCCCAUUUUUCCGAUUUUUGCUCAAAAACGCGUGAAUUUCAGCAUUUUUCUGUUAGAAAAUUAACAAAUGUACCUACUUGCAAAGCUUGCAAGUAUUACUCGACCCAAUUUCCCCAAUUCUGACCAAUUUUCUUCAAGUUUGCCCUCCGAUAUUUUAAAAUUUGUUUUACUCGCCUUUGAAUGCAAUUUCUUGCAGGUAAAAACUAUGGUUGUUGCUAAGCUUUUUGAGGCAGCGAAAUGGACUGCCGAAACCGUUAAGGGAGCCGCCAUCGUGGCCGCCUCUCCAAAUGCCCCGGUUCCGGCCACCGAGCUUCACCCGCGCAUGCCGGCCCGGCCAUGGACUGCUCAGGAAUACGUAAGUUAUUAUCAAUAAGCUUAGAAGCUGAACAUCAUCUCCUUACAGUUGAGAAUGUGGUCGUGGCGUCAUUGCUGGAAGUACCUCCCAGUCUUCCGUUUCUACAUCUACUCGGGAGUCAUCCUUUACGGAGUCUACAAGUUCGUUCUGCCAAGUAAGAACAGAUGAAAACCAACAAGAGAUUAUCAUUAUUGUGUUUUCAGUUAAGCCGCGUCACCUGGUUCAGUACACCAAAGGAAAGGAGGACCACCAUCACCACGAGGUCGAGCACUGGUGGGGUAUCCGCCAGAAGCUGGCCGACAAGGAGUAUUUCAAGAAGUACAAUCCACUCAAGAAGGAGGGUGAGGUCGAAGUUGGACAUCACUAA